UGUAACUUUACUCCUUUUAUCAACUUUCUGCUUUUCCUACAGUAUUCAUUUCAAAGGGGGCUCCCCCCGUUUAUGGCCCCAAAUAAACCAAAGCAGCGCAGAUGUAGCUUUCCCAACCCUUCAGAUAAUCAGGCAUCCUUUCCGCCGAAGCAGGGUGCGCAGCCGCUUGCAUUUUCCUUCAGGCUGCCCGGGCAGAUGCGAGGGCUCCUCGGCGCCGUGCUCCCCUCUGGGGAAGUGUCCCCAAUGGCAGUGUUCACCGCAAGGCUCCUUGAGCUGAAUUUCCCAGGGCUGGAAAUGCCCCGCAUCGCCUCCUCCCAGUCCCAGACGCCUUUCCCUGGGCGCACACACCGGGCGUUUGAACCGCUGCUGGGUCACGCUCCCUCUCCGUCUGAGUUAACCCAGGGCGCAGGAUUUUAUUCCCAGGUAGGGAAAGUUUCCUUUGCCCUCUCGUAGUGUUUUCCUCAGCUACAAAAGCCACCUGGAUGAAACCAAAGGAUUCCUGCGCGUUAGCAAAUGCCUGUUAAAUGGCUUCAUUACCACUCUAAUGACCCUUGCACAGCUCCACUCGGCUACUGCUGCGGCUGGGUCUCUGCAAAGCUUUUGUCCCUGACUUGUGUAAAGUUACUUAGGGAUUGCGGGGUUAGAAAUUUUACACUUCCAGGAGGGGUUUGUUGCGCUGGCAGCUGGGACGCAUCUGUAACGGUACAAGAUUGCCUGAAAGCAGAAAAUUAGCAAGCUCAGGGCGCUGCUCGACUGUUGUGUCUCUUGCAGCACCGGGUCACACGAGUAGGAGAAGGAAUGGGAAGGGGAUUUGUCUCGGAGCAAACGCGUACAUUUUCCUUUGUGAGUACUUUUUCGUGUGACCCGAUCCCAGAGCACCCAAAUCUGUGUCCCCCCCGCCUCGCCUCACGCAGCCGUGCAUUUUUGUCCCCCUUGGUGAACUUAAACAGUCGGUGACACUACUUCAACCACAGGACAAAGCAGCCGAGGGCCAAAGAGAGGAGCAAACCCUUUCGGCCUAGUACAGGGCUGCGGGGAGCGUUUUCCCCUUUCCACCCCCAAAUCGCAGGCCCCCAAGGCUUGGCCAAAACGUCUCCAACAGCUUCGCUUUUUCCCCAGAAGCGGCCGGCCCAGCCGCCGGCCAGAGGCGCGGUGCGGAGCGAAUUUGUCCCCUGGGGGCUGGAGGGGGCUUGCCCAGCCAGCCGCGGCAGGGGAUGCGGGGGGAUAUGCUAAUGCCGGCCGGCCGCCGCGGACCAGCCCCCCGGAACGUGGAGAUAUAAGGGCCCCCCGCAUCGGGGAAAGGACACUUCGGCUCAGGUCGCUAAUUAGGCAGGAAACCUCCCCGGCCAGCUCGCUUGCCCGAGCUCGGUGGCUGCCGCCCCGCACCGCCGCCCGGGCUGCAGGGAUGGAGGUGAUGGACAGCUGCCAGUUCUCCCCGUCCGAGCUCUUCUACGACAGCUCCUGCCUUUCCUCCCCGGAGGGCGAGUUCCCCGAGGAUUUCGAGCCCAGGGAUCUGCCUCCCUUCGGCGCCCACCAGCCCGCCGAGCCCGCCUGCUCCGAGGAAGAGGAGCACGUCCGAGCCCCCAGCGGCCACCACCAGGCCGGCCACUGCCUGAUGUGGGCUUGCAAAGCCUGCAAGAGAAAGUCCACCACGAUGGACCGGCGGAAGGCGGCCACCAUGAGGGAGAGGAGGAGGCUGAAGAAAGUGAACCAGGCGUUUGAGACCCUGAAGAGGUGCACCACGGCCAACCCCAACCAAAGACUCCCCAAAGUGGAGAUCCUGAGGAACGCCAUCAGAUACAUCGAGAGCCUCCAGGAGCUCUUGAGGGAGCAGGUAGAAAACUACUAUCACCUGCCGGGACAGAGCUGCUCCGAGCCGACCAGCCCCACCUCCAGCUGCUCCGACGGCAUGGCUGACUGCGGCAGCCCGGUGUGGCCGGCGAGAGGCAGCAGCUUCGAGGCCGGUUACUGCUCCGAGAUGCCCCACGGGUACGGCGCGGAGCCGAGCAGCGCCCUGUCCAGCCUGGAUUGCCUCUCCAGCAUCGUGGACCGCCUCUCCCCGGGGGGGGAGCCCCUCCGACACCCCGGCUCCCUCUCGCCGGGAGCCAGCAUCGACUCGGGGCCCGGGACGCCCGGGACGCCACCGCCCCGACGGACCUACCAGGCGCUAUGAGGGACGCCAGCGC